AUGGCAGAGCCUUCGCUGCCCCUCUCCUUCCUCUGCCUCCUGGCCCUGGCCUCCGCCUGCUACAUCCAGAACUGCCCCCGCGGCGGCAAACGGGCCCUGGCCGACACGGCCACGCGACAGUGCAUGUCCUGCGGCCCCGGCAACAGGGGCAACUGCUUUGGGCCGAGCAUCUGCUGCGGCGCCGAGCUGGGCUGCUACGUGGGCACGGCGGAGACGCGGCGCUGCGCCGAGGAGACCUACGUGCCCUCGCCGUGCUGGGCGGGCGGGCGGCCGUGCGGCGCCGACGGUCGCUGUGCCGCCCCCGGCAUCUGCUGCAGCGACGAGAGCUGCGGGCUGGAGCCCGCGUGCCUGGAGGAGGAGGCAGCGGGCACGGAGCAGGACGCCCUGGGCGCCAACGGGACGGCACUGGACGCCUCGGCCGGCGAGCUGCUCCUCAAGCUGAUGCGCCUGGCGAGCCGGCGGCAGCCGGGCGCCGCGGCGCCRCUCUGAGGCGCCCGCCAUGCUGCCCUGCGGAGCCCCUCUGCUC